UAGCAACAACAUUUAUCCGCGCAUGUCAUUAUUAAUAUGCCGUUAUCUUAUUAUUAUUGUAUCUGAACGGUGAGUUCAUCAGUACACCGCGGUGCGUUAUUGAAGAAAACAAAAAAAUGAAAAGCAGUAAAUUCUUAUUAGCGGAAAACGACACGAGGACUUUUUAUCGUAAAUUAACUAGCAGUCUAACAUUUGAUAAGAACCGGUACUGGGGACCUGGAGAACGCGCUGCAAAUCCUGAUAAUGCAGUACGAAAGUUCACCAUUGACAUUCCCACGAAAGACCAGGAGGAUCUUAAAUGGAGACUGGAGCAUGUAAGACCCUUGGCACCUCCCUUAGAAGGUGUUCAGCAGCAGUAUGGAAUGAACACGAACCUCUUGAAAGAGAUAUUGGAAUUCUGGAGGAUCCAGUAUAGCUGGACUGAGAGGCAACAGUAUCUAAACCAGUAUCCACAAUUUAAAACGAACAUCCAAGGUCUGGAUAUCCAUUUUCUCCAUGUGAAACCUGAGAAUCCAGGCAACAAAAAGGUGCUUCCGUUAUUGAUUGUCCACGGUUGGCCUGGAUCGGUCAGGGAGUUUUAUGACGUCAUAAGAAUCUUGACCAAAGUCAGCGAUGACAGGGAUUUCGUUUUUGAGGUGGUUGCUCCUCAUAUUCCAGGAUUCGGGUUUUCACAGAAGGCUGCUAAACCUGGAUUGGGUUCUAAUCAGGUUGCUGUCAUAAUGUCGAACCUUAUGGAAAGGUUGGGACAUAAGAAGUUUUAUUGUCAAGGUGGAGACUUUGGUGCAAUAAUCCUCCAAGGCCUCGCAGUGCUCUAUCCAGAAAAAGUCCUCGGGUACCACACCAACAUGGCGUACGUCAGCACCCCUUGGGCGUACAUAAAAACCUUCUUGGGGCAACUUUACCCUUCGUGGGUGGUGAAGCCAGAGCACCAACACCGAGUCUACCCCUUAUGGAGAAAACUGGAAGGCAGGAUCCGUGAAACUGGAUAUUUGCACUUGCAAGCCACUAAGCCGGACACCUUAGGUGUGGCGAUGACCGACUCGCCGGCCGGAUUGGCGGCUUAUAUCCUGGAAAAAUUCACUUCUGGCACGAACAUCGCGUAUCAGAGAAGAGAAGACGGUGGUUUACUGGAAAGGUUCACUUACACAGACCUUCUGGAUAACGUUAUGUUGUACUGGUGGACUUCCAGUGCCACCACCUCCUUUAGAUUGUACGCGGAGACUUUCAGUAAGAGGCACUCGGAAGAGAAAGUGCUACAGAGGCCUCUGAAAGUUCCCACUGCUAUAGCGAGAUUCGCCCACGAUUUCUACGUGGCCGAUGGACUUCUUGGGGACAUUUAUCGGAAUAAUUUACAACUGAAUGAUCUGGACGGGGGCCAUUUUGCGGCAUUUGAGGUUCCGGAGGUUUUUACUCGGGAUGUUUUUUCAGCAGUUGAGAAAUUUGAGGAGUAUCAUAAGAAGAGAACAUGAUUUGUUUCUUUUCAUUAAAUACAGAUUUUAUUUUAUUAAGAAAAAA